CUUUAUUUUUUAUUUUUUUUUGGUUGAUUUGCUAGCAUUAUUUCUUUCUCUUGUAAUGAUAAUUAUUCGACUAUUACUACUAUCGCUGUGUUUUACAUGUGUACACUGUGGAUUGUUCUCUUCAAGCAACCCAUAUAUAUCUGCCACUACAGCUGUAUUGUAUUCGAAUAGUAGUACGAUAGAGCCUCUAGAGAGCUCAUUUGGAACACUGAACUUCAAACAGAACAUUGUCCCAAACUAUAAUCUUACAAUACCCAAUGGCAAUGGAUUAGAAGGUGUCUUAUAUAAUGCUGGUCUCAUGUGUAAUUCGAAUGAUACGAAUCAACCCUCAUUACUACAAACACAACCCAAGAUUGCACUUGUACUGAGAGGAAACUGUACAUUUGCAGAAAAGGCUGCUCUUGUACAAGCAAAUGGUGCAUCGGCAAUGAUAUUAUAUGACAACAUUCCAUUUGAAAAAGAUCCUUAUGCUGGUAUUAUGAGUAUUCCUGUAGCCAAUCUUCACAUCACUGUUUACUAUGUUGAUAUUGACGUCGGACUCGAACUUCUCCAAAAACUCCAACAAGUGGGGCCUGUUUUGGUCGGAUCUGAUGGAGUUUCUUCCGAAAGAGUCAUAAAAGUAGUGCUUUAUCCUUCAAUUGGAGGAUUUCCUAGUGCAUGGGAGUUCACACUGAUCGUCGUUGUGGCAUUGCUAGCCCUCAGCUUUUUAACCUCAGUCGGUAUGCAUUGGCACCUUUGGCGGUUACGCCGGCGUCAACGUGCAUUGUUCGAAGCUGGCCUUCUGACAAUCCAACCGAACCAACCAGCCGAAAAACAUCUGAUCGACCCUUCCCAGCUAAAUCUGUUCCCUGUUCGCACGAUUGGACCUACCGGAACGACUUCCGGAAGACGCCAAUCAGGAGAAUCAUCCAGAGCGGCUCGGUCUAUUCGGUCCAUGUAUUCGACAAAGUCCACCCGUUCUAUUCGAUCAAAAUUUGCGCUGACCAAUGCAGAAGUUCUGGCCACAUCUGGGCCAUUGCCAACCACAGAAAGAGUGACAGAAGCACAAGUGGUUCCAAAGGUUAGCAAAUCUGAAUCAGGAUCAGAAUCAGAAUCAGGAUUUGAAGAAGGGGGAGCAAAAAAAGAAAAAGAAAAGAAACCCGACGGAAUGACAAAAGAAGACAAAGAACAAAAAGGGGAUGUGAAGAACAAGGAGGCUGCAGGGGAUCCAGAAAAUGGUUGCGUUAUUUGCUUGGACGAAUUUGAACCAGGAGAUAACGUACGUGUGCUGCCAUGUCACCAUGAAUAUCAUUGUGAAUGUAUAGAUCCAUGGUUAACUAUCAAAUCAGCUACGUGUCCACUAUGCAAACACGAUUGCUCCAACGACGUUCCUUCGUUAUCUUCUCCCGCGCCGCCGCCUCUGCAGUACGAACCCCCUACGUUUUACUCUUAUUUCUUCACGCGACGAGCCCAUACUUUUAAUAAUACCACCAGCAUCAACACUACAGACCAAACCUUUUCGCGUUCAUUUGGACCCACAAUUUCGGCUGACAGAGCUGAAGAAUAUAGCCGGUCGUGGAUGGCGCGGUCUUUGCCGCGUAACAUGCGACGACAAAUACAACGGGCUACUCAACCACAAGAAACUAUCAUUGAAUUGCCUACGCGUAUGGCGAGUGCACCACCCCCAUUAACAACAACAGCACCUGCAUUAGAAGCAGGCAGACAAAUAGAAUCAGACACAUCUCCCUCACAACCAACAACAUCAAGACCAUGGUAUUCAUUCCCACGAUAUAGACGAUCCUAAAAAAAAAAUACCAAAAAUAUUGUACUUUUUUCUUUAAAAAAAUUAUUUAAAAAGAGAAAGAGAUUCUUUAUACACAC